ACACCAAUGACAUCAUCCCCUGAAUCAUCUAUAAGUAUUCUGCUAACAAUAAAGUUUAGAGGAUAUAAUCUUGAGAUUUCACAAAGAGUGAGCAAUGGAGACGAUGACAUUAAGUUCUGUUUUGAUAUCAAUAUUUUGUGUAAUAAUUGUUACAGGAUUAAUUAAGGUGGUGAACUGGGUAUGGUUGAAACCUAAGAAGUUGGAAAGAUUGCUUAAACAACAAGGUUUCUCUGGUACUUGUUAUAAAUUCUUGAUUGGAGAUCUCAAAGAUUUUACGUCCAUGCGCACUCAAGCUCUAAAAACUCCCAUGAAUGGAUUCUCUAAUGAUUAUUUUCAGCGAGUGGAACCUUUUCGCCAUCAUCUCGCUUCCAGAUUUGGAAACGACUUCUUCCUCUGGUUUGGCCCUAUUCCUAUGCUGAGUAUCUCAAAACCAGAGAUGGUGAUAGAGGCCUUCACCAAGACACAUGAUAUUCGGAAGCCGAAGGUGAACCCGGUUUUCGACAAGCUUUUUCCAGGCCUUGUUAGUUAUGAGGGAGAGAAAUGGGCACAACAUCGGAAGUUGAUCAACCCUGCCUUUCAUAUGGAGAAGUUGAAGCUUAUGUUGCCAGCAUUCUGUGAUAGUUGUGCAGAGAUUAUCAAUAGAUGGGAGAUGGUCGUAGCUAAAACGGGUUCAGGUGAGCUAGAUGUAUGGCCGGAUCUGAUGAAACUCACUGCUACUGUGAUCUCUAGAGCAGCAUUUGGUAGCAAUUAUGAGGAAGGACAAAGGAUAUUUGAACUUCUCAAGGAGCAAACUGAAGUAACUCUUCUUAUGCUACAAUCAAUUUAUUUUCCAGGACGCAGAUUCAUUCCAACAAAAAGAAAUAGGAGGUUUAAGGAUAUCGAAGACAAAAUACAUACUUCAUUGCGUGCAAUUAUCAGCAAGAGGAAGGCAGAUAUUGAGGCUGGAGAAGCAGUAAAGGCUGACUUGUUGGGCAUACUCUUGGAUUCUAAUUCAAAGGAAAUUCAACAAGCUGGUAACAACAAGAAUCGUCCUGUUGGGAUGAGCCUAGAAGAGGUGAUUGAUGAGUGUAAACUGUUCUACUUGGCCGGACAAGAAACUACAUCAACACUAUUAGUUUGGACUUUGAUUUUAUUGAGCAAGCACCAAGAUUGGCAAGCACGAGCGCAAGAAGAAGUAUUGCAAACAUUCGGGGAUAAUGUGCCAGACUUUGAAGGAUUACGCCAACUGAAAACAGUGACCAUGAUAUUGUAUGAGGUCCUGAGACUCUAUCCUCCUGCAAUGCAAGUGACAAGAUACGUUAACAAGGACACAAAUCUAGGUGCAUUUUCAGUUCCUUCGGGUGCAUUAAUCACUUUCUUUCUGCAUACUAUUCACCGGAAUCAGGAGUCUUGGGGUGAUGAUGCACACGAAUUCAAACCAGACCGGUUUGCUGAAGGGAUCUCGAAGGCAACAAAAGGGACUAAUGCAUUUUUUCCCUUCGGUUGGGGACCAAGAAUAUGCAUAGGGGAAAAAUUUGCAAUGACUGAAGCAAAAAUGGCAUUAUCCAUGAUUCUACAACGUUUUUCCUUUGAUCUAUCACCAUCCUACGUUCAUGCACCUGAAACCGUUAUGUUCCUACAGCCUCAACAUGGUGCUCAGAUAGUCUUACACAAGCUUUAAUACUUCGAACAUUCAUAGUGGUCUCGGUACUCUCAAGAAUAAUGUCCACUUCCUAAAUAGAGGUCAAGGUCCUUCAAGCUCUUCCUCAUUCUACACUGCUUUUGUACAUAGUAGAAGCUAACUCAGCUUAUGCUCAAACUCUUUCUCUCAAGUACAAUAACUGAAUUUACUUUAGCAUUUUGCACCACUACUUUUUACCUGAACUGCUAGAUUCUUCUGCAGUGAGUCUUGGAACACAAAUGACAGAGAAGUUGAAAUCUUUUGAAUGCCUCCUCACUUCAUAAACUGCUGAAUUCUAAUUUUU